CUGGCCACUGCACUGAAAGCGGAGAUUCCCACGCUUUUUGAGAAGUUUGGAGUCGCUCGAGAUGUAUUGGAGAAGGUGUCCCUAUGGCGUGGUGACAUUACUCGCCUUGAGAUCGAUGCCAUCGUAAAUGCUGCGAACAACGAGUUACGUGGUGGAGGUGGUGUUGAUGGAGCGAUACAUCGCGCAGCCGGUACUACGGACCUUCAGAAGGAAUGUCGAGCUAUAGGACAUUGCGACACAGGUGCUGCUGUCAUAACUAGUGGCUGCCAAAUGAGCCACAUAAAGAAUAUAAUUCACACUGUUGGCCCUCGAUGCUCUUCUAAAGUUGCGUCCGCAAGCGACCGCGAAAAGCUGGUGUCAUGCUACCGCUCCUGUCUUGAAUUGGCUGUGAUGAAUAAUCUUCGUAGCGUUGCAUUUUGUUGCAUAUCCACAGGCGUUUACGGAUAUCCGCAAGAGGAUGCUGCGAAAACAGUAGUCGGAUUUCUUACAGACUGGCUCUCUAAGCCUGAAAAUGCUAUUGCACGUGUCGUCUUUGUUCUGUUUAAUCCUGUCGAUGUGGCUGCUUACGAGAAAUCCUUCGAAGAAUAUGCCAAUUCACGAAAGUAG